AUGAAGUUCCCGCUGGCGCACGCGCCGUUCGCGCCGCUGCACCUCGGCGAGUGCGACAAGAGGGAGGCGGUGGAGCUGGCCGACAUCUUCGUGCAGCAGACGCUGGCCGACUACGAGACGCACCUGGACAUGCAGCACGGCGUCGUGGACGAGGUCCGAUGGAAGAUGGUCAAGCGCUUUGAGGACGUCGUCGUGUACCAGGACCGCGAGGCGAUGCGGCCUCGACGCUUGACCCGCUCGGGCUCGGGCUACGAGCACCAGGAGACGCCCCGCGAGAUGCAGAAGCUGCUGUGGUUCGGCUCGGUGCAGGGCAGUUUGGACGACAUCAUGUACGGGGUCGUGAACCCCACGGUCCAGGAGGCCAAGGUGAAAUCGUCCUACGUCGGCAACAACGUGCUGGACUUUGCGGUACUCGAGACCAUCGUCCGCCCGACGGUGGACGACCCGUUCCGCGGCCUCCAGAUCAAGUGGGCGGUGAACGGCGGCCCCGCGCUCAUGCGCUCGAUGGUGCGGUGUCGAGACUUUGUGUACCUCGAGUCCACGGGCAUGACGACGAGCUCCAAGGGCGAGCGCUUCGGCUACCACAUCCUGCACUCCAUUGCGGUGCCCGGGGCCCCGGAGCUGCACGAGCACAAGAUCAUUCGCGGCAACAUGACGCUGUAUCAUUUGUAUCGGCAGAAGAGUCCCGGCGUGGUGGAGACGUACGUCAAGGCCUUCAUCGACGUGAUGGGGGACAUGCCCUCGAGCAUCGCCACGCUCGUGUCGGCCAAGGGGGUCGUAUCCGUCUGGAAGCUGGGCGACUACGCCGAGAUGAAGAAGCUCAUGUGGCUCCUGAAGCAGCACAAGGCCGUGCCGCCGCUCCUUCAGGACUGCAGCUCGGGCUUCUGUCGCGUGUGCCACAAAGACGUCAGCGGGCCGCUCACGCGCCAGCAGAGCUGCUGCAUUUGCUCGAGCUGCGUCUGCACACGCUGCAGCGUGCCGAAAAGGCUGCAUCACAUGUCGCCGCUCAGUCGGACGGUCCUGCAGACGUCCGUGGCGGUUUGCACCCCGUGCAUGCGGACGGUGGUGACGACCAGUUGCCUGGACGUUGCGCUGGCUGAGGUGGCCAGGGGCGGCCACAUCGGAGAGGACUUCCACGACGGCGGCUCCAUCAAGGGAACGUCUUCACCCUCGUCGUCGCCCGCGUCCUCACACGCGUGGUGA